UUCAUGCAGGUUCAUAUAAACUCUCCACCCUCUCCUACUGCUCCCACUCGAUGGUCCGAUAUACAGUAAAGCAUUUGACCAAUAGGAACACUGAACAUACCAAACACAGGAAACGACUACACUUCUGAUUGGGUGAUAGAGAAGCCCUCACAUACAGGAACAGAAUAUUCGUUCACCGUUUGCAGAUGUGUCUACUAUAAAUACAUGAAAACUGAACCACUAUCGUAAAUUGCAAUACCAUUCAAAGGAUCAAAAUGGAAAGCUUGCAAGAACCCAGUGCUUUGACAGCCAGACUGCAGAACACUCUCAUCUCUUACCAUAACCUGGAUGAGAAUGAGUGGAGGGUAGCCAAGAAAUCGAAAGAUGUCACGGUAUGGAGAAAGUCAUCAGAGGAGUUUCAUGGCUAUCUGUAUAAAGCCCAGGGUAUGGUCGACGAUAACCCCAAUAGAAUAGUGGAUUACAUACGCCCUGGGCCUUAUCGAUUAGACUGGGAUAGUUUGAUGACAGCAAUGGACAUAAUAGAAACCCUUGAUCAGGGCUGUUGUGUGAUGAGGUACACUACUGCAGGCCAGCUGUGGAACAUCAUAGCUCCCAGAGAGUUUAUUGAUUUCUCCUACACCACAGACUACCAGGAUGGACUAUUGUCCUGCGGUAUCAGUGUGGAGCAUGAGGAGCAGCACCAGAGUUAUGUCCGGGGCUUCAACCACCCAUGUGGCUGGUUCUGUGUGCCCACCCCAGACAGCACCACCACCCCAGCCCAGAGCCUCCUGACAGGGUACAUUCAGACAGACCUCCGGGGUAUGAUCCCCCAGUCUGUCGUGGACACAGCCAUGGCCAGCACCCUCAUCAACUUCUACACUGACCUGCGCAGGGCUCUGAAGAAGGCUUAACCAGUACUAGCCCGGUUGCCAGAUUGGUUUAUGCUUUAGCCAACUCUGUCGUAUAUGUUGUUAUACUGAAUGUAUGGGAUGGCAAGGGAAGUAAGAGGGGUUGGCUAAAACAUGUUCAUAUCUGGCGACUAGACUAAACCAGUACAUCCUAACAGCACUCCUUUUCAAUACACCAGUCGAUUGAUCAGUCAGUCUACACUCCACCCUCAUUGAGGGCUAUAGAGAUCCAACUCCAAUUCAGUCUAACUCAGGGCAGGAUCCAGUUUAGGUUGAAACAGGGUAGGAGUUAAAGGACGUGGUCUGACCUGGUCUGCUGCUCACUGGACUUUGGAGUUGUGACUUGUUAUUUGUCUGCUCUUUAAAUCAUUAUAUAAUACUGAAAAUUGCAAUGAGAUUAAGGUAGUACACAAACACUGAAGCACUUGAUCAAAGUCGAUGUUUGCCUUUUUUGUUGAUCUUUUAUACUGAUUUCAGACAAACAUUGAACGCACCCAACAAAUUAAAUCGUUGGGGGUAGAUAGAUAAAAAAAAUAGGUAAACGGACAGCCAAUACAAUCAAUGCAAUGUUGCUUUUAGUUGGAAGUUACAUGUGAAAGUGUUUGCAGGACUAUACAUUGGAAUUUGACUGGUGUGUCACGCCCUGAUCUGUUUCACCUGUCCUUGUGCUGGUCUCCACCCCCCUCCAGGUGUCGCCCAUCUUCCCUAUUAUCCACUGUGUUUUUAUACCUCUGUUUUCUGUCUGUUUGUUGCCAGUUGGUCUUGUUAGUUCAAGCUUACCAGCAUUUUUCCUGGCAGCACCUAUCGUUUCCCAGCCGCUUUCCUCGUCCUCCUGGUUUUUGACCUUUGCUUGUCCUGACCCUGUACCCACCCGCCUGACCUCUCUGCCUGGCCCUGAGCCUGCCUGCUGUCCUGUACAUUUGCUCCACCUCUGGAUUACUGAACUCUGCCUGACCCUGAGUCCACCUGCCGUCCUGUACCUUUGUCUUACCCUGGAUUUUCGACCCCUGCCUGCCUUUACCUGUCUUUGCCUGCCCCUGUUGCUGUAAUAAACAUUGUUACUUCAACAGUCUGCAUCUGGGUCUUACCUUGAUCCCUGAUAUGGUGCUAAUAUAAAUUGGUGAUGUCCAUCAAAUGUCUUUAACGAUAGCUACCGGUAACAGUAUCCAGCCAGACAUGCAUCUAUCUGUUUACGUUUUUAUACUAAUGAUUAACUGUAACUCUUUGGACUAUAAUAGUAGAUAUCAGACACCGAUUUCACAUUCGUCCCAAAUAUUCCUCAGUGAGGCAAUAACAAAUGUCACUGCCAGACAAAAUCCAUGAUAAAAAGAACUACAACAAUAGGAGUAGGAAAGCAUGGUACUGUACACUAAAAGCCUCAUGUAAAAGAGUUUGCAAAACCUCUUUGAAUUAUUUUCACAUCUGAUGGAUAACCAGCUCAAUAUCAAGUACAGCAUAUUAUGUACACUGUAGAUUGAUGCAUUCUUUUGAAUUUCAUGUGUGUUUUUAUUUGUAUCCCUUCUUGCAUUCCUUAAAUUAUUGUUCUGUAAUGUAACAGAAGGAAGAAAUUGGAUGCCACAUGUACCUUUUUUGAUCCUUUAGACUUCUCCGUGAGAAGACUACUUAACAUCUAUACUGAACAAAAAUAUAAAAGCAACAUACAACAAUUUGAAAGAUUUUACUGAGUUACAGUUCAUAUAAGGAAAUUAGUCAAUUGAAAUAAAUUCAUUAGGCCCUAAUCUA